UUACUACCAACAUAUGAAACUCACUCAAUUCCAUCAAAACAAUCCUCUGUUCUCUUUGCAAACUCUUCAAGCUAGUUUUUCAUCCUUUCAUCUUCUUUUACUAAUCAUGUCUUGCUGCGGAGGAAAGUGCGGGUGUGGACCAAGCUGCGGCUGCGGUAGCAGCUGUAACGGGUGCGGCAUGUACCCAGAUAUUGAGACCUCCAACACCCAGAGCCUCAUCUUUGGAGUUGCUCCUCAACAAUCAUUCUCUGCUGGUUCAGAGAUGGGAGCUGAAGGAGGUGGUUGCGGUUCUGGUAGCUGCAAGUGCGGUUCCGACUGCAAAUGUGGUUCUGACUGCAAAUGCUAGUUAAAGUCAGUCAGUCUCCAUGUUUCUACUGUGUUAAUCAUCAAUGUGAUGAUCUCUAUCUUUAUGUUGUUAUUGUAAAAAUAAAAGGUAGGAUAUGUGUGUGGUUGUCAUAACCAUUACAUGCCUACUUAGUCAUGUGUUUUCUUCUUAAUCUAUGUUGAUUUUUUUGUUAAAUCAAGAAAAUUAUUUCAGCAAACUGUGUUGAGUUGUUAAGGGUUGAUUUAUUAAUGUUAGUGAUAGAGGAGGACUCCUUAUAUAUAAUUCCCUUCCAAUGAAAUUAAAUAACCUUU